CCGUACUUUCGUUUUGACAACUGAAAUGAUUCGAUGUACAAAGGAGUCUAAAUGUAGUUUUCAUGCAGAUUCGUUCAUACGACACAAAGACACAAUUUUGUUUUACGGAUCAUUUCGGCUUAGAGGACUUGCUUAUUCAACAAAACCUGCUGUAACUCCUACCAGCAAGUAUGGCGGCCAAGAAGCCAACAAAGCUACAUAUUGAGGCAUCUGAGUUGCUAUGUAAGAAUGGCUGUGGGUUCUAUGGCAACCAGCUGUGGCAGGGCUACUGUUCUCUAUGCUACAGGGAGGAAUGUCAGAGGGCAAAAGUAGCUCAACAGGAACAGGACUCCAAGAAAAUGAUGAAAAAGCAGGCUGAAGAUGCUGAUAAGGCCAGUUUGUUCUCUAAAUUUGCGGAAAAGAAGACCCAACACAUCAACAAGCGAGCACACACCCUGAAGUCCAUGUUCAAGAAAACACCAACAAAAGAGUCGGUACCAGAGCCAAGAGCCAAACGUCAGGUGAACAAGGAGACACAGCAGAUCAAGGCAGACCUCAUGGACUAUCUCAAGCAGUUCAAGCGCCCCACAGCCGAAGACUUCGUCAAGAUUGUACAGGAGCUUGUUGACAAACUGUACCAGAACGCAGACGCUCCAGUGGAGGACCUCACUGAUCUUGUACAAGACUUCUAUAUAAAGCUCGGCAAGAGAAUGGAUUCACACUCAUUAUAUAAAGACCUGUCUAGCGAGGACAUAGACACUCUGCUGGACUAUGCAGAGAAGUACAUCACGGUGAAGAUGUACACGUCGCUCUUCUGCCCUGCCACAUGCGACGAUGAGCAGAAGGACUUGCAGAUGCAGACACAGAUCCGCUCCCUACACUGGGUGACAGGUCAGCAACUCGAUACCAUGAUCAACGAACACGAGACUGAGGUCAGGACACUUGUAGACCAGGCCAUCACAGAAAUAAUAGAAGUGAACUCCAAGAAGGCUCCCCAAGACAAGCUCUCGUGCAUUGUGCGCUGCAGCAAGCACAUCUUCGAGAUCAUUCGCCAAUCAAAGGAGGGGCCGGCGUGUGCCGAUGAUUUCUUGCCGGCCCUCAUUUACACUGUGCUGAAAGCUAACCCUCCUCUCCUCCAGUCCAACAUUCAGUUCAUCACCAGGUUCUCGUGUCCCAGUCGACUCAUGAAAGGGGAGGCAGGAUACAUAUUCACAAAUCUAUGCUGUGCAGUUCAGUUUAUAGAGAACAUCACCCACGAGAGUCUUGCCCUAACCCAGCAUGAGUUUGACCGCUACAUGUCUGGGGAGGCCAUACCGCCACAAUCGGGCAACGAAUACAUGUGUGAGGGGCUGAGACUCAUGUACGACAAUCUGAAAACACUCGCAGAGCUUCGACAGAGGCAGGAGAAAGUCAUGGCCGAGGCUUUACAGCUCCAGCAGGAAAUGAAGGAUUUUAAGGAGAAUUUCAAGCAAGAAGUCCAGAAUGUUCUUAUCAGAAUGCCUUUAACAAUCAAGCCACGUAAAAUGAAGGUGAAUUUGGAUGAUGAUUCAGAGAGUCUGGACUUGUUACCAUCCCCUCUGUUGCCACUGACUGUUGAUAAUGUGGGCAUGGAUACCAGAAACACCAGAGUCAGAUUGUUCCAUUGAGUUGUUACAUUCUGGAAUAAUGGAAUAAAUAAGUGCGCGUGAGUGCAGGCUCUGGUCACAGGGUGAAAUUGUUGGAUACUUGAUUUGCCUGGACUACAAGGUCACACAUUUUUAUACAGUUUUUGUAUUGUUAAGACUUUUCAACAGUGAACUGUAUCUCCAAGUUGCAUUCCAUUUUGUAUUCAUUUGUUGGGAUUAUCGUUGUGCAAUAUAUUAAUGGAUGAGAUUUGACAUGAUAAGUAAGUUGCUACUGCAGGGCCCAUGUUCACAAAACAUUUUUGCAAUCGAAAAUCGAUUUUGCUUAUCAUUGAAAAUGGAUUUUCAAUGUAGUUGAUAGGCAAAAAUGAAAAUCGAUGUCAGUUAAAAUCGAUUUUCGAUUGUAAAAUCGUUUUGUGAACACGGGGCCAGGUGUAUUGAUAAUUGAUGAAGCUGUUAUUAUUGAAUUGCAAUUUAUGCAACCUUCCUGUUGUGGCAGCUAGGAAUCAAUAAAUCAAGCUUAUAUUCGUCAUGUGUGUCUGUAGAUUUCUGCAAAAGCUUCACAAUUUAUGAAUGUAAUGAAAGUUAGUUUCUCAUAGACUAUUUUCCACUUUCUCUUCUAUUUUCCACUUUCUCUUCAUAGGGUUAAAUGAAUUAACCCUGUAUGUCUUCACCCAUUCCGAUUUUAAAUUAUAAAAACAAUUCAAGUUGUAUGGUAUUAUACACAUUAUGGUGUGUUAUUAAUUUGGGUGAAUGUGUGUAUAGAAUAGCUCUGUAAUGGAUAAAUUGUUUCUUUAAAAACUAACUUCUCAAUAACGGUAUGUCAAAGAAAGCUUUAUUAAUGACAUGAGUAUAAUUAGUGUAAACGGUAUGUGAAUGCUUUUCUUUCUUGUAUUUUCCUGUUGUGAUUGUUUUUAACCAAAAAAGUGAUGUAAAUAUCAAUCUCGUUUGUAUGAGCAGAUUUAACAUUUGGAAAUAGACCAACAAUCAUUUUGAUACAGUCGUGGUAUUUAAACUAUCCCUUAAUACAUGUAUUGUUAUUGUCUUUUUGUUAGCAUAUUAUUUAUUUCUCAAAUCUGUGUUAUAAAAAUAAAAAUAAAUAUAUGAAAUAUGAAAAAACAACGUUUAAAUUGUAUUUAAUUUACCUGUGAGAUGUGUGUCUGUUUUCGAAGGUUAGUUUUUAAUGUGAGGACCUGGAGUAUGUCCUACCUAAAUAAGGUAGGAGCUACCUAAUUUGUUUACUAGACUCACAAAAGUUUAGACAAAUUGUGAAUUAUGGCAGCAAUUUUCAGCUUUUUAGGUAGGCA